UCGGCCGAGACAGACAGUGAGCAAACAAAGCACCAGAGCAUCGCUGCUUGCCGGGACGUACGCACAGGAUGCAAACAAGACUCAGAUCAUGCGGACAGCAAUGGUAGUUUAGUUUGCUGGGCACCCACCUCCCCCGGGACAAAGCUCGGGUAUAAGAGCGCCCCCGCCCAUGGUUGCCACUGCCAUUUCUGCCCGUCCGUCCCAGCGAGCGCCGAGAAGCAGCGGAGUGAAGUGAGGCGAGGUCACCAGACCACCACCAAGCUUAUACAGGACGAGGGUUGACGAUGGCGAGCAGGCGAGGGGAGGAGGCCCACGGGGACGGGCUGGAGGAGGAGUACAUCGACAUGGACCUGAGCCCGGCGGCGGGGAGGGAGUUCGAGUUCCACUUCCACAUGUCGGCGCCGCUGGACAGGUCGGGGCAGCCGCCGCUGGCGUCGCCGGCCGACGAGCUCUUCUACAAGGGCAAGCUGCUGCCGCUGCACAUGCCGCCGCGCGUCCAGAUGGUCGAGGAGCUCCUCCUCGACGGCGCCGUCCGGGGCCGGGCCGGGCCGCGGCUCGGCGGCCUCGCCGUGAGCACCGCCCCCGCCACGCCCUGCGAGCGCUCCCGCGGCGUGUCGCCGGCCAACUCGUGCUUCGUGAGCGGGGAGCUCAACGUGGAGGAGUUCUUCCGGGAGUACGCGGCCGGCAUGGCUCUCGCCGACGACGACGACGCCGCGUCGGCGGCCGGCGGCGAGAGGAAGCCCUGGUCCAGGAGGCUCCGGUUCGUCAGGCAGCUCAACCUCGGCCGCCAGCUCAAGGCCUCCAAGGCUUACCUCAAGACCAUGUUCGCCGGGAAGCAGGCGGGAGCCGGCGGCGACGACAAGAACGGUCUGGGCGGAAAGGACCUCUCCGGUCACGGACAUGGCCAUAGCCAUGGCCACCACCCCCGGGCGUGGAGGAAGAACCCGUUCGGCCACAUCAGAAGCAACAGGUGCAUCACCGAGCAGAGCGGCGGCGGCGGCGGCCGCGCCGGGCACCGGAGGUCCUUCUCCAGCGUCGUCGUCCGGUACUCCGCGUCGAGCAAGACGUCCCCCGCGCCGGCGCCUCCGUCGUCGUCGUCGUGCUCAUCGACGUCCUCCUCGUCCAAGUCCUCCACCUCGUCGUCGGUCCGGUGCUCGAGCGACUCCGACGGCGCGGGGGCGGGGGCGCCGGCGCUGAGGAGGAGCAGCAGCGCGAGCUCGGAGGCGGAGAACCCCAUCCAGGGGCUCAUCGCCUACUGCAAGAAGUCCCAGCAGCUGGCCUCGGUGCGGAAGAGCGCCAGCGACGCCGGGUUCCGGUUCCUGUCGUCGGCGGCGGCGUCCAAGGUCGCCGCGGAGUCCGAGGGCCACGACGAGCUCAUCGAGAUCUGCAGCGGAUGAUCGUCGCCACUGUCGGUGCCGUGAUGAACGUUGAAUGUGUACAAUGGUGUAUGAAAUGAUGCAUUCUGGAAAUUUUGUGGCGUUGAGACUUAUGCUGGUGUUGCUCAAAUCAACUGACCCUGAAUCACUAAACCACAUAUGAUUAGUACGAGUAGAUUCUUUUUCUGACUCU